AGCUACCUUGCGUGGGUAUAAGGGGAAUCUGAUGAAGCCGUUGUAUGUAAUGUGACGGGUAGCAACAUCACGCCGACGUUAGCUACUUUGCUUUUUAAUGGUGCCUCGUAGGUAGUGGGAAAUCCUACAACACGAUACGCUAUGGUACACUACACUGACAAGAUUUCGCUGUAUCUGCGAGGAGGCGAACCAAGACCUUUGUGCUACCUUGGAAAUGGCGAGACCCCUCGGACAGGAUGGGGCGUGGCGGGAAUAAGGAAGAGCCAGAGCUCGAUGAUAUGCAUGCGAUCCCUUGGUGGAUGGUACCAUUGAAUGGCGUAAAUGCAAGACGGCAACUCGUCUACAUUUUACGCGGUAGAGGCACUCGGCUGAUCAGCAGCUUUGCCGCGAGAACCAUGGAACCUUCUCCCGAGACGUUCCUGGCUCAGAUGUUACAGCAGAAGGAUGUGAUCCCACUAGCUAUGUCUUUCUUCUCUGGAAGAGACAUGUUUUUGUUGCUGUUUGACUUUGGCCGUCUUGGGUAUAUCACGCAAGCGUCUACCUCCUCCAUGAUGAAUGAAACAGAUGUCCCUAUGGUGGCUGCCGAUAUGAUUGGAGACACGAGCUGUUUGAGCAACUCGACAGUGCAAUCCGACGUGUUCAUGCCAACGCAGAGGCGUCAUGUAUUCAAGAUCCAGCACCUCGGCGAAAUAGUGAGAGUUUUUCCCAGCAGGCCGAGGACAUCUUACGCCACGAGUGUGUGGUCGCUGAGGAUGGGCGCGGAGAGGAGGGGAGGCGAUAUCCAACAGCAACGCCAUCUCCGGCAAUUGGGAACCCUCACUACUGAUGUUGGGACAAGUUGCCAACAAGCCAAGGUGCCCAAACAUACUCAGACAUACACGGUAGUGCAUAUCAACAGCUACAGAGUCAUAUGUGCUGGCUUGGCAGGAAAUACGACGCAUGUGCUGACCCUCCACAGAAUCGGUAUCCUUGAACCUGGAGGCUUGAGAGGAAUCCGAGGAGUGUGCAUCUCAACUUGUUUAGAUUCGAACCUUUACUAUUUGAAUGAUCUGGGCGCCUGGGCUGUAGAGCGACGCAAGAUGCCGAGAGCUGAACCCUCGGUGGCAUUGCGAGCGUUCUACAAGAAUGCAUAG